CUGGUCGAUAACAAUAGAGUCGCAAGUGCUUUCAGUAUUUUGGCUGAUAAAUCAGCAGAUAUAUCUGGUAAGGAACAACUAGCAAUAGGUCUUCGAUAUUACGAUCAAAAAGAAAAAAAUGUUAAAGAAGAAUUUAUGGGCUUCGUAGAGUUGGAAAAAAUGGAUGCCCAAACGAUAGCUGCUGAAAUAAAUAGAUUUAUUAAUACGUUAAAUAUUGACGCUAAUAAAUGCGUGGGACAAGGCUAUGACGGAUGUGCUACUAUGGCGGGAAAAGAUGGUGAAGUCCAGAAAAUAUUGAGAGAAACUUAUAAAAAGGGUUUAUAUUUUCACUGCGCCUGCCACAGAUUAAACCUCGUGGUAAACGAUUUAAAUAAUGUUUCUGAGAUCCGCAACUGCAUUGGAACCGUAAAAGAUACAAUAAAUUUUUUCAGGGAAUCGGUUCUGCGUCAAAGAUAUGCACCAAAAAUACCAUUGCUGUGUGAAACAAGAUGGUCCCAUAAAUACCAAAGUAUUUCGAUGUUUAAGAAAUAUUUUGCCCAAAUUGCAGAAGGUUUAGAAAAACUUUCUCGGGAAGGUAAUUCUGCCACAAGGAAAGUAGCUUUUCAGUUACUAUCUGCUGUCAGCCAAACUACAUUUAUAUUUGCUUUAUGUAUUAUUGCUUUAUGUAUUAUAGACAAAUAUAAUUCUAUGCUGCAACCCGUCGCGAACAUAUUGCAAUCUAAAACGCUAGACAUAUUAAGAUGUGCAGAACAUAUAGAAACAAUAACUACUGCAGUUGCAGAACACCGGCGUUCCGCGGAAGAAGGGAGCGAAGAUUUAAUCAAAUCAGCUGAAAAAAUUGCUACGGCUUUAAACAUUGACCUACGUUUACCAAGAACAGCAAGCCGCCAACAACAUAGGGCAAAUCAACCAGCUGCUUCACUUAGCGAGUAUUUUCGUCGCUCAUUAUACGUGCCUUAUUUGGAUUCUUUGUCAUCUUCAUUAGAGGCGAGAUUUAGCAGACAGCAUUCACCAGCGUUUACACUUUCAUUGUUACACCCUACUCAGAUAAUUAAAAUUACAGUUCCUAAAUUACAAAAAUGCAUGGAGGAAGUAUCAGAUUUUUAUGAAUUAGAAGGGAUCACGUCUGAAGCCGAACUUUGGCGCACGUUUUGGAUAAAUAAGCAGCAGCAGGAUUUUGAAAAUAUUGAAAUAGCAGAGUUAAUACAAGAAGCAGAUUCUUUCUACCCGAAGGUCAAGAUAGCUUUAGAAAUUUUGCUGGCAAUGCCGUAUUCCACUGCUACGAUUGAAAGGUCGUUCAGUACACUUAGACGUGUAAAAACGUGGCUAAGAUCGACUAUGACAGAAGAUAGAUUGAAUGGGCUUUGUAUGCUCAGUGUGCACAGAGAAUUUGUUAAAAGUAUGAGUGAUUCUUUCACGGAAGGCAUCCUAAAUCGUUUUGCUGAAGACCCUCGAAAAUUACUUUUAAAAUAG